GCUCGUUCUUUGCUGAUUGACUGUUCUCACCGCAUUCUGCUGUGAAAAGAAGAAGAAGCAGCAAGCAGGUCUUCAGGUUCAUCUCCCAGCUCAUCUUCCUCCUCGCCUCCUUUGCCGGCAGCCGCUUCCCUCUUCCGUUCCUCUUCCGUUCCUCUUCCUUUCCUCCUGAUCAGCAGAGAACACACACACAGCACUUAUACACACCUCCGCAAUGGCAAUCCUCCACCGACGACGAUCCGACGACGCCGACAGUAUCGACGAAACAACGCCGCGCAAGCAAGAGAAGAAGCAAAAGACGCGGCGGCCGCCGAAUACCGCGUUCAGACAGCAGCGUUUGAAAGCAUGGCAACCGAUUCUGACCCCCAAAACCGUGCUCCCUCUCUUCUUCACCGUCGGCCUCAUCUUCGCACCCAUAGGCGCCAUUCUCCUCUGGGCCAGCACGCGCGUGCAGGAGAUCAAUAUCGACUACACGCACUGCAUCGACAGCAACCAAGACAACACCGACUCGGCGGCCACGAUCCCGAGCAAGUACGUCAACAACCAUUUCCGCGGCGUGACCUCGUCGAACGAAGCCACCUGGCAAGCCUACACGAUCUCGAGCAACUCCGAGGGUCAGCGCGAUUACUGCCGGAUCAGGUUCAUGGUCGAGCAUGAGAUGAACGCGCCGAUUUUCUUGUACUAUCGGCUCACGAAUUUCUUCCAAAACCAUCGUCGCUACGUGCAGUCGAUUGACGAGGACCAGAUCAACGGCAAGGCGAAAUCCGCCUCCGAUCUCAAGAGCGACGAUCUGUGCAAGCCGCUGACGCUCGACAGCGACGGGAAGGCGUACUAUCCCUGCGGUCUGAUUGCCAACUCGCUGUUCAACGACACCUUCUCGUCUCCACGCUACCUCGGCGACCUCUCCACCGUCUCGGCGAAGGCGACCGAAAACACGACAUACUCCAUGACCAGCAACGGCAUCGCGUGGUCGAACGACCGCAAACGGUUCAAAAAGACCGCGUAUAAAGCGUCCGAGGUCGUGCCGCCGCCAAACUGGAAACUGUCGUACCCAGACGGCUACACGGACGACAACCUGCCCGACAUCUCCGAGAUGGAGAACCUCCAGAACUGGAUGCGCACCGCGGGACUGCCUACCUUUAGCAAACUCGCGCUCCGCAACGACGACGAUAACAUGGAAAUCGGCGUGUACGAGAUCGACAUCGGCAUGCGUUUUCCCUCUGAAGUCUACGGCGGCACAAAGUCGCUCGUGAUCUCCACCCGCACCGUCGUCGGCGGCCGGAAUCCGUACCUCGGAAUCGCGUACUUGGUCGUCGGCGGGCUGUGUAUCGUCCUCGGCGUCUUGUUCGCGCUCAGACAUUUGAUCAAGCCGAGGAAGUUGGGCGAUCAUACGUAUCUGUCGUGGAAUAACGAGCAGGUUCAUGCAAACUAGUUUUUUUUCCCUUUUUUGAAAAUGUGAUAUUUAUCUAUCGAGACUCGCUGCUUUAUCUCCUUUCUGUUUUUGUAUAAUUG